GUACACCUCCGCCCGCCUGCAGCCGUGGAUGGAGAUGACGAGAAAUAGAUGCACCGGAAUGAAUGAAUGACGCGAGAUCUCCCUCCAUGUCCAUCCCCAUCCAUUCCGCCACCAUCCUUCACCGCUGGCCGCAGUGAGUGACGCCCACCUCUGCCUACAUUCAUUCCCAUUCCCCUCUCCCACGCCCGCGUGACAGCCUUCACUCCACUCCAACCACCACCACAAUGCAGCCCCUCCUCGGGCUCGCCCUCCUCGCCCUGCUGCUCCUGGCCUCGCCGGCGCCGGCGCUCUGCCGCCACCGCGCGCCCGCCGCCGCCGCCGCCACCGAGACGCUCGACGUCGAGGCCUCCCUCUCCCGCGCCCGCGCCGCCGUCUCCACCGACGCGCUCCCCCUCCACCAGUCCCUCGCCGCCACCGACACCGACACCAAUGUUCUCGUUAAGGACGAGCCCUCCGGCGGGCCGAGCGGCCGGCUCGCGCUGCGGCUCCACUCCAGGGACUUCCUCCCGGAGGAGCAGGGGCGGCACGAGAGCUACCGGUCGCUGGUGCUGGCCCGCCUGCGCCGCGACUCGGCCCGGGCCGCCGCGCUGUCGGCGCGCGCGUCCCUGGCCGCGGACGGGGUCUCCCGCGCCGACCUGCGGCCGGCCAACGCCACCCCCGUCUUCGAGGCGUCGGCGGCGGAGAUACAGGGCCCCGUGGUGUCCGGCGUGGGCCAGGGCAGCGGCGAGUACUUCUCCCGCGUCGGCGUCGGCCGCCCCGCGCGGCAGCUCUACAUGGUGCUCGACACCGGCAGCGACGUCACCUGGCUGCAGUGCCAGCCCUGCGCCGACUGCUACGCCCAGUCCGACCCCGUCUACGACCCCUCCGUCUCCGCCUCCUACGCCGCCGUCGGCUGCGACUCCCCGCGCUGCCGCGACCUCGACGCCGCCGCCUGCCGCAACUCCACCGGCUCCUGCCUCUACGAGGUGGCCUACGGCGACGGCUCCUACACCGUCGGCGACUUCGCCACCGAGACGCUCACGCUCGGCGACUCCGCGCCGGUCUCCAACGUGGCCAUCGGGUGCGGCCACGACAACGAGGGCCUCUUCGUGGGCGCCGCCGGGCUGCUGGCCCUCGGCGGCGGCCCGCUCUCCUUCCCGUCGCAGAUCUCCGCCACCUCCUUCUCCUACUGCCUCGUGGACCGCGACUCGCCCUCCUCCUCCACGCUGCAGUUCGGCGACGCGGAGCAGCCGGCCGUCACCGCGCCGCUCCUGCGCAGCCCGCGCACCAACACCUUCUACUACGUGGGGCUCUCCGGCAUCUCCGUCGGCGGGCAGGCCCUCUCCAUCCCAUCCUCGGCCUUCGCCAUGGACGACGCGGGGUCGGGCGGCGUCAUCGUGGACUCCGGCACGGCCGUGACGCGGCUCCAGUCGGGCGCGUACGCCGCGCUCCGCGAGGCGUUCGUGCAGGGCACGCAGUCCCUCCCCCGCGCGUCCGGCAUCUCGCUCUUCGACACCUGCUACGACCUCGCCGGGCGGCAGAGCGUGCAGGUGCCGGCGGUGGCGCUGCGGUUCGAGGGCGGCGGGGAGCUGAAGCUGCCGGCGAAGAACUACCUGAUCCCGGUGGACGGGGCGGGGACCUACUGCCUGGCGUUCGCGGGGACGAGCGGCGCCGUGUCCAUCAUCGGCAACGUGCAGCAGCAGGGCGUGCGCGUCAGCUUCGACACCGCCAAGAACACCGUCGGCUUCACCACCGACAAGUGCUAGUGGGAGCGAGCGAGCGAGCUCGGUUGAUGGAUUAGCGAGCGAGUGAUUAAUUAGCGUGCGUGCGUGCGUGCAUGUGGUAAUUAAGCGGGGUGGUGUGGGGGCUUUGGGAAAGGCGAAGGACGGAAACAAAUGCCAGCCUGUGCUCGCUUGCUUGCUUUGGCGGUGAUGGAUGGGUGCUCUGGUCUGGUCUGGUCUAGUGUAGCGUAGCGUCCUUCUGGUCUGGUCGUCCUCCUCGUCGUCUACCUCUGUCUCCGUGUAACUGUGCCCAUGGCUCGAGCUCGCCGUCGCCAUGGAUGUGUGUGCGUGCUACUACUGCCACGUGAACGAAUUUGUUCAUGGUUGUUCUACCUUUUUUCAACAAAAAGAAAAGCUUGUUGAUUGCCCA